ACAGGGCUUCCUCUUCCUCUUCCUUCUCCUCGGCCAUGGCUCCCUUGCGUUUGGCGGCCAACCUGGCCUGGCUCUUCCAGGAGGAGGCGUCGCUGGCCCGGCGCAUGGAGGCGGCGGCCACGGCGGGCUUCCGGGCGGCCGAGCUGGCCUUCCCUUACGCCCAGGGAGCCCCCGAGGAGCUGAGGGCGGCGGCGGAAAGGGCCCGGCUGGAGGUAGUCCUCCUGAACACCCCGCCAGGGAACCAAGACAAAGGCGACAUGGGAUUGGGUGCUGUGCCUGGCCGCCAGCCUGAAUUUCGGGAAGCCCUGGCUUUGGCUGUAAAGUAUGCCAAGGAGCUGAAAUGCCCAAGGAUCCAUAUUAUGGCGGGGCGAAUCCCAAUGGGUGCAGAGCGGGAGGCAGUGUCAGCACAGAUGGAAGCUACCUUUGUAGAGAACCUCAGAUAUGCUGCUGACGUCCUGGCUCAGGAAAAUCUGAUAGGAUUGUUGGAGCCUAUCAACAGCCGGAUUACAGAUCCUAGGUACUUCUUGACCACACCACAACAAGCUGUUGCCAUUUUGAAGAAGGUGGGACACCCCAACCUGAAGCUGCAGCUGGAUAUUUUCCACUGCCAGAUAAUGGAUGGUAAUCUGACUCAGAACCUGGAAACAUACUUUCCACUUAUUGGAAACAUUCAGAUUGCCCAAGUACCAGGACGUCAUGAGCCUGAUAGCCCUGGAGAACUGAACUACCCAUACCUGUUCCAGCUGCUAGAGUCAAUGGAUUACAGUGGUUACAUAGGAUGCGAAUAUAAACCUGAAGGAGAUACACUGAAAGGGCUGGGCUGGGCUCAUAAAUAUUGGGAAAGUCAUGGUUUGCUGCAUGUCGGAAGCUAAAGAGUUAAGCUUUGUAGUGGAAGAACAGAAAUAAAAGAACAUUGGAGGUGGACUGAACAACUGUGCUGGCUUAUUACUAUACAUCCGCAGAGGGGAAAAACCAGCUUGGAAAGGCCACGCUUUGGGCAUUAGCUCAAUCAACUAAAAUGUCGCUGUCUUGUGUCUCCCUCUGGAUGCAUACUCACAGCAGAAAUUGUUUUAUUAAUAAAGUAACGUCAUUCAA